AUGGAUGCAACAAGGGGUAUAGGUCGUGGUUCAUACAUCUGGGGACGAAGUGUCCACAACACCCGCUCUGAGCGACUCUGGUACGAUGUCACGACCGGUUUUGGUGCCAAAUGGAAGAAGUUCUUCCUUGAGCUAGAACAUCUUAUUGAACACGCCCUCGAUCCUGAACGGGCAGCACAUAUCUGGCUCCUUCAUCAUCUGUUUCUCGCGUCUAUCAACGCCGACGCCACUGACUGGGUCGCUACGUGGAACUCGCAUCCUAUCACUGGGAGAGGUGUUCAGCGUCAGGCCUCUCCCCAAGAGAUGUACUUAAUGGGCAUGGCAGAGCUCGGCGCCAGAGGGUUGGACUACAUCACCGCAGAUGAUCAGGUCGUUACGGAGGACCCCACGGGAUACGGCAUAGAUUGGGAGGUUCAUGGUAACCCCACACUCCUCGCUCACCACCUUGAAAAUAACCCACAGGAAUGGGAGAGCGAAAACCCUUUUGCAUCUGCAGGCAGUCCGGAUAGAUUAUCUGAUGUGCCCUGUGAACCUCCGAACUGUCCUUUUACGCCACAGGAAGUUGCUAUUCUCGACAGGGAAUUGUAUGCAGAAUUUGGUACUUCUCUUGCUUCCCGCGAUAUGAUUGUUCGUAAGGCUGUUUGGAUUCAUGCAGUAAUGUCCUGUGAAACUAUGUACCGGUCGUUAUACACAGAUGUGUCUGCCUUUCAAUAA